AUGCAGUACAUAAGCUUUCGGCGCAUCCUUCGCAGAACGUGCACAGUAGUACUCUUCUGCACAUCUCUGCGAUGUGUUGCCAACUAUAUAAAUGUUCGCAUAAAUACAUCGACUGAGCAAGACGGUGCUUCAGGCGCCACGAGGUUCGGCGUUCAGCAUUUUCAAAACCCUCGACCGAUAGACAAUACACGCGACGAGGAGACCCAGUGGAGAACUUUCGUGCACACUUUCGAGGCCGAGAAUUCAGAUUACCAGGAUUGGUGUCGCGGGAAGUUGCAACAGACCCUGGGAAGCACGAAAUACUACACGAUGGGGUCUCAAUUCGAACAAGAUAUUUACAUGAUUCGAAAUAUAUUUUAUUCUCAAGUGCUCUCCGCAGAAAAAGGAUUUUACGUCGAUUCCGGGGCGAAUCAUGCGCAACAGCUAUCGAACACCCUAUUUUUCGAUGUGUGCUUAGGCUGGGAAGGGCUUUGCGCGGAGCCAAACGAAGAGUAUCAUUUAAGUUUGCGUACGAAUCGCACUUGCGUUCUCGCACCAGAGUGCAUUGCCGACGGGGAAAAGACCCUUCCGUUUGUUUUUGCUGGUGCCGGAGGGCGAAUCGCUUCAAAUGAUAGUUUGACGAGUUCAUCAGUGCAGUGCCGCAGACUCGAUCAAAUGCUCGACAAAUAUGCUCGGGGCAGGACGCACGUUGAUUUUUUCUCCCUCGACGUGGAAGGCUCUGAAAUGACCAUCUUGAAAGCGGUUCCUUGGGACAAAAUUAGUUUCAACGCUAUUCUGAUCGAAACUUUCUGGCUUUCCGAUAGAAUCGUAGACCGUUUCAUGACCGAGCGAGGGUUUGCGAAAGUGCAGCAGCUGGCAAUCGACAGUCUCUAUUUGACGUGGUCACAGCGCGACGAAGCUCGACCGUGGCUGCCCCCGAAUUGGGAACACUUUUGGGAACUUAAUACUAGGUACCGCGACGAAAUGCGUCUGAGCGGGCAGUUGAGCGACCAACUUUAA